AUGUUUUCUGCUGGAACGGAUACGACAUUCACAAGUUUAGAGUGGGCAAUUAGUGAGCUUAUAAAGCACCCAUCAGUAAUGAAAAAGCUACAGCAAGAAGCAACAAUAAUUGCACAAGGCAGAUCCACGAUUCUGGAGGAGGAUUUGGAAAAGAUGCAAUACCUAAAAGCUGUAAUAAAAGAAUCCUUGCGAUUACAUGCUACAGUCCCAUUUCUUCCUCGAGAAACAACUGAAGAUGUCAAACUAAUGGGGUACGAUAUUCCAGUAGGCACACAGGUGCUAGUCAAUGUUUGGGCCAUAGGAAGAGAUCCUACCUUGUGGGAAGAUUCAAACAAAUUUAUGCCAGAGAGGUUCUUGAAAGACAAUUCAACCGACUAUAAAAGCCUUCAUUAUGAUUGGCUUCCAUUUGGUGCUGGUCGAAGAGGUUGCCCGGGUAUUCAAUUUGCUACAACUAUCAUGGAGCUUGCUUUAGCAAACAUGGUACAUAAGUUCCAUUUCGCAUUGCCAAAUGGAAUAAAAAAUGAGGAUAUCGACAUGAGUGAGACAUAUGGCAUUACAGUCCACAAGAAGUCCUCUUUACUGGUGGUUGCAAGUCAUAAACCAUAUUAA